UGGUCCUGAGAUCGUCGACCCUCAGGCGCAAAUACUUCACUACUAAUCAUUGUCAGACCCCUCUCCUCUUGUUCUUAUGCUUGCUACCUUGAUCAGCAAGUAAUUGGUUCUCUUCAAUGUACUGUCUUUCUGGCCCUGCAUGGCAGUGUCAUAUGUGCGGCCACACUUGUGUUGCUUGGUGUGGCGCUGGCUCGCCGGGACAUGAUCCAAUAAUUGCCAUAGUGAUCCGUGUCUCAUGUAGGCGCGUAACAGCUCCAAAAAGAAAACAAGCGUAUAGAGGCGGUAGAGAUAUCAUGGCUGUGAUUGUCCCCAAGUGCUGUUGUUUUAUUUUUUGUUUUUGUGGACAAUGGUCGCGGAAGCAUCAUGCUACAUAAAAAGAUUCGAGCUGGAGAGCAUCCUACAACUUGCUAUACUCAAUUUAUCCCCAUGGCUUCCUACCCUCUGCAACGGCCCCACAACGAUGACCAGAGUCAUCAUCAUCAUCAUCAUCGGUCCCGGUAUGUUAUAUCUUCCUCUCUCCAAGACCGGACUUUCAUCCUUGGACAGCAUCCCUGUCAGACGAAGGAAUCCGGACCAUCGGCAUGUCAGGUUUAGCAGCGCCCCUAAUAUACAAUGUGUUGACGAACUCGUUCAGCCUCCGCCGCCGCCUUACUCUGUGAGAGUAGUGUUUCCUCAUGACCCGCGAAGCUCCCAGCGAAAGCGGAGCAAGCAUCCACCUGUCCAUCAAAGCCAAGGUCCUAAUGCUAAUGGAAGUUUUAACCGACCGGCGCCAAUUGUACAUCCUCCCAGACCACGCAGGCGGUUGACAAAACCUCCACCAGACACCUUCGUACAACUGCCGAGCACUGGUCCUCGACAGUCCCGUCCCAGUGACUGGAGAGCAGACUAUCGACCUCGUCGACCCUGCGGCCAGGGCGGGUGUUGUUUGUCGUCAUGUUUUUCACUCCUAUGCUCCUGCUUCCGUCCACGAAGCGUCACGCUUCAUCCUAUACUGUCUUGUGCUGUGCGUUCAAUGUGCUACGACCUCCGGCAGAGCUAUCAUUCGAUAAUACUCUGGGGAAACCGCGUCCUAGAUAUAAAUAUCCUACAUCAGCUAGCCGUUGACCCCUCGGUGAGCAAGAUGCGCAUUUUCCAUCCUCUCCUUCCCUGGGAAAUCACAGUCCGGGGGCACCGCGGACAUGGUAUCAGGAUCAUCGAUGUCUUGCAACAGAUUGAAAGUGCUUUGCAUACUAAUGUUCGGCGCCGUGAUAUCGACAACGUGGAGAUCACUUCUGACCACAGAGCAAGAAUCAAUCUGGCCUUCGGGAGGCGAGUAAGUGGGCAGGCCGUCCAAAGAGUUGAUUUCCUGGAGCAUGAGUGUAUGUUCACGGGGCUACAGAAGGUCGCCGGUAGGUCAUGGCGUAUGGAGACGUCGCGCUUCUGACAACUGAGAUUUCGCGCCUAUACUACACAUGAUGCUAUACUUAUCGUUGUUGUUUUGGGCAUUUUAUGAUUGUCACGUUAAAUAAUGUUAGGAUCACUUAACGACCAACUUUCGCCUUUCUUGUAAGCUGUGACUCUAGACGAAGGGGUGUACAUACGUCCAAGUUACC